AUGUUGAUUGACAAUCUUGUAGCAAUAGUUACGAUCCAGUGCAAGGAAGCCCUGAGGCCGUCGCAGUGGCGGCUCGUGGUUCAUGCUGUAAGCAUCGAGAGACGCGAGUUCACAGACUCUUCUAGCUACGACGGCAGCGAUGAGGAUCCACUCGACUCCUUACUGGAUACCACGAUGAGAGGUCCCAAGAAGAAAAAGAAGGGCACACUUCCUCAUCAAGAUCCCCUCAAUGCGAAGAAGAAGAGUUGGAAGGAGAAAUUAAGGGCUGCCCUCACUCCGCGUUCCUUUGCGAACUACCUCAAGACUUUCCUCAUCAUCUGCGGCUGUGCCGUGUCUACAGUUUAUUUGAGCAUGAGGCCGGAGAACGAGAUCAAGUCCAUCCACGUGUCAGUCGCAGUUGGCAAACGGCACUGUAUCCUUCAUAUUGACACCUUUCGAUCUUGA